CGCCGCCUUUGUCCCCCGGCCUCUGGCGGCUGGAGCCGGCGGCGAGCUGAGGGCAGCGGGGAGUUUCCACAGCGAGCGGGCCCCGCCGACCUGCCCGCCCGGGGACAGACGCGAACCGGCCCCGGGAACCUCCGGGCGCUCCCGGAGCCGGGCUGGGGGCUGGGCUGCUCCCGGGCGAGGCUCAGCCCUGGCGGAUUGAGCCUCGUCGCGGCGUUGGCGGGGGAGGCUCCGGCGAGGACGAGGGUGAGUCUCCCUCCAGCGAGCCCCGGCUGCCCAGGGCUGCGCGGCUCUGCCCCGCCGGCCGCCCGCGGAGCCCCCCGGCCGAGCUCCCCCUGCCCCGGCUGCUCGGACGAUCGCUAGCGGCCGGCGCCGGCGGGGGAGAGGGGCAGGGAGGAUGGUGACUCAGUGACGCCCAGGGACGGGAUGCAAGAUGGCUGAGCUGAGCAACAUCCAGUCUGCAGCUUCCAAGAGCAUCCGGCCUUUCCGGUCCAGUGAGGAGUAUCUCUAUGCCAUGAAGGAGGACCUAGCUGAGUGGCUCAACAUCCUCUAUGGCUGGGAUGUCCAGGUGGAGAAUUUCAUGGAGACCCUGGAGACCGGGUGUGAUCUCUGUCAACAUGCCAACAACGUCAACCACAUUGCUCUGGAGUUCCAGCAGCAGCACCCAGAAGCUGCUGCCCACAUGAGGGUGCCCCAGAAUGAGGUUGUCUACCAGGCCAAGAAUGUGGUGCCUGGCUCCUUCAUCGCCAGGGACAACAUCUCCAAUUUCAUCCAGUGGUGCCGGCAGGACCUGGGCAUCCAAGAUGUGCUGAUGUUCGAAACCAAUGACCUGGUGCUGAAGAAGAAUGAGAAGAACUUCGUCCUGUGCCUUCUGGAGGUAGCCAGGAGGGGCUCCAAGUUUGGGAUGCUGGCCCCCAUGCUGAUCCAGAUGGAGCAGGAGAUUGAGGAGGAAAUGAGGGAUCAGAUAGCCUAUGGGGGGCUGCAAACCCAGGAGGAUAACCAAGACCUGGGCCCUGAGUCACCUGUCUACCCUAGCAGGCCUCAGAGAAUCUCCUUGUGUGACCUCAAGAACCUGGAUGAGCUGGUGCGAGAGAUUCUGGGCUGCUGUACCUGCCCCUCUCAGUUUCCCAUGAUCAAAGUCUCAGAGGGUAAAUAUAAAGUGGGAGACUGCAACGCGCUGAUCUUUGUUCGAGUGCUGAGAAGCCACGUGAUGGUGCGAGUAGGUGGUGGAUGGGAUACCCUGGAGCACUAUCUGGACAAGCACGAUCCCUGCCGAUGCGCUUCCCUCUCGCAUCGUCUAACGCAGACACGUGCCCUGGGCGUCUCCCCUCAGAAGAUGGCAUCUCCUGGCAGCUUCUCUCCCAGCCCCCGAGCUGCCAGCCCCAGCUCCCAGCGCCACUCGGAAGGCAUGAACCCCAACCGGCCAACGGAGACCCUCCGCACAGUGGAUAAGCGGCUCUCAGCUGGUGGGGACUUGACCCAGGCCAAGAUGGACCGGUCUGGCCGUCUGGCCAGGGGAGCAGGAGAUCUGUCUGUCCAAUCAGACUCCUCGCGGCAGAUCCCCAAUGUGGCAUCGCAUGCCAGGCAGGAGAAGCUGGAAGGGCUCCCCCCAAGGGCUGGCACAGUCCCCUCAUCUGGCCAGAGCUCCUCCAGUCCCUUGAGGACCUCCACACCACUGGCCCACCGCGACGUAUCUGAGCCGAGAGCUUCAACCACUCUCAGACUUCGAGACCAGCUGCCCCCCAGAGCCAGACGCCUCUCCGGAGACAGUGACUCCUCCACGUCAUCCACACAGAGUGGCACCCUGGGCAGGAGGUGUGGCGAGGACCGUGCCUUGCGAACAGCGCGCAGGAAGGAGGUGGGGAGGCACAUGCCCGAGGGGGCCUCCAAGAGUCAGCCUUCGAGCCGCAGCCAGUCACGGGAGCGCGGGGCUUUCUUGGAGCUGAGGCCGUCGGUGGGGGCCAGGAGGGCAGAGCCAGAGGAGCGGAGCCGGCCUCACCUGGUGAACAGGCCUGGCAGGCCCAGCCCCAGACCGCGGAGCCAGGGGAGAGGUGGCGGGGAGCCAGUGCUGCUCAUCAGCCGAGGGAAGGACGGGCAGCACUCCUGGGCACGGGCCAACAAGGUGAAGGAGAAUGGCCAAGACUCUGGCCGAGCCACCCCCAGGACCACGAGCCCGACUCGCAGGCACCUCCCUCGGGUGAGCUCCAGGAGCCCUGCGCCCACCAGUCACAGAGCGUCCCUUCCAGCCAACAAACUGGCAGAGCCCUCAAUCCGGGCACCUCAGCAGAUGCUGGGGUCUGUGAGGCAGUGGCAGGUGGGUGAGACUGAGCCAAGGGUCCCUGUGAGGGAGCGGCUCUCUGGGGAGACCCUCCAGGCCAGACAGCUGUCUGAGAGCUUCAGCCAGGAGCUGGAGGAGCUGGCACAGAGCUUCCGGACCCCUCUGUGCCUAGACCCCAGCCAGGAGCAGCAGCUGUACCGGUGCCUGGAGGAGGAGUUCCUGGCCAACUCCCAGAUGAUCGAGCUGGCCGGGGAUGAUGGGGAGCCCCUGGUCUGCGCCCACGAUGCGGGGCAACUCCAGCAGACCACACCAGACCCAGGGGCCGUUGACUCUGCCUACUGCUCCUCCAGCUCCUCCUCUUCAUCGCUGAACUUCUUCAGCAAGCACGGCUUCCAGGCAGACUUCGGUGAGCGGCCCAAAGAUGACCCCAAGAGGAACCCCGCAUCCCAGCGCCCAUGGGCUUCCAACUGUAGCCCAGCCCACACUGAGUUCCAGAAUGGCUCUGGCUGGAACUCCCACGUGGCCCUGGAGCCGGCCACGUGCUGGAGGAAGCCAGCUCUCUCGAGUUCCUCUGAUGAAAGUAACUACUACACAGCCUUGAAUGACCUCCAGGAGGUGGCCGAGGGAGUAGAGGUCUCCAGUCCAGGCAUGGAUGCGGCCUGGACCGUCUUGGAGCUUGCAGGCUCGGACACGGACUUGGGGCCCUCGGCCCCAGAUGAGCUGACAGAGACCGAGGGGGACUCUGUGGUGGGGCCUGUUGGUGAGACAGCCCUAGAUGGAUUGCCGGAUGUACUCCAGACACAGGAGGUGGUGCUGAGACAAAAGAAGUCCCCGAAGAAACCAGGCCGAGUGCCUUCCAUCUACAAGCUGAAGCUGCGGCCCAAGGCCAAGCCACGUGUAGACACUCAGCCAGAUAAGAAGCCCUCCAAAAUACCCACACCACUCAGCUACAAGACGUCUGGCACCUCACCUAAAGGGAGCCCUCCCAAGCGCCCAUCUGAGCACAAGCCCUGGAGAGCCUUUCACAGCGUCUUCUCCUCCUUCAUGGAGCAGUCGCAGGGCCAGAUGGAGCCAAGAGGGCCAGACGAGGAUGCCUGGGCAUGAUGGGCAGGAAGCACUCGUACAAGAUGGAGGGACCAGCCUGUAGCAUUCCCCACUGUUGCUCCCAGAUCCCCAUGUCCCACACCUGCUGCCUUGGAUGUGCUGCUGUAGUGACCCUGGCCUUGCUGCUGCUGCUGGGAAGGGGUGAGCGGCCAGAUGCCCCAGAGUUUUUUAUUUUUGAAGAUACCUCUGGAUGGAGCUUCCAUUUGCAGGGCCAGACCCGGGGUCAGAGGAGGGCUGGGCAGCUGGGUGGUUUUGAUUUUACUUGAGAUCUCUUAAGUGAAUUGGCUUUUAGGGGGACGUUCCGGAGCCCUGGAGAAAGGCUAAUGUAGUGCCCAUCUUUAAAAAAGGGAAGGAGGAGGAUCCUGGGAACUACAGGCCAGUCAGCCUCACCUCAGUCCCCGGAAAAAUCAUGGAGCAGAUACUCAAGGAAUCAAUUCUGAAGCACUUUGAGGAGAGGAAAGUGAUCAGGAACAGUCAGCAUGGAUUCACCAAGGGCAAGUCAUGCCUGACUAAUCUAAUUGCCUUCUAUGAGAAGAUAACUGGCUCUGUGGAUGAGGGGAAAGUAGUGGACGUGUUGUUCCUUGACUUUAGCAAAACUUUUCACAUGGUCUCCCGCAGUGUUCUUGCCAGCAAGUUAAAGUAGUACAGGCUGGCUGAAUGGACUAUAAGGUGGAUAGAAAGCUGGCUAGAUCAUCGGGCUCAACGGGUAGUGAUCAACGGCUCCAUGUCUAGUUGGCAGCCGGUAUCAAGCGGAGUGCCCCAAGGGUCGGUCCUGGGGCCGGUUUUGUUCAAUAUCUUCAUUAAUGAUCUGGAGGAUGGCGUGGAUUGCACCCUCAGCAAGUUUGCAGAUGACACUAAAGUGGGAGGAGUGGUAGAUAGGCUGGAGGGUAGGGAUAGGAUACAGAGGGCCCUAGACAAAUUAGAGGAUUGGGCCAAAAGAAAUCUGAUGAGGUUCAACAAGGACAAGUGCAGAGUCCUGCACUUAGGACGGAAGACUUCCAUGCACUGCUACAGACUAGGGACUGGGUGGCUAGGCAGCAGUUGUGCAGAAAAGGACCUAGGGGUUAUAGUGGACGAGAAGCUGGAUAUGAGUCAACAGUGUGCCCUUGUUGCCAAGAAGGCCAAUGGCAUUUUGGGAUGUAUAAGUAGGAGCAUUGCCAGUAGAUCGAGGGACGUGAUUAUUCCCCUCUACUGGGCAUUGGUGAGACCUCAUCUGGAGUACUGUGUCCAGUUUUGGGCCCCACACUACAAGAAGGAUGUGAAAGAGUCCAGCAGAGGGCAACAAAAAUUUAUUAGGGUGCUGGAGACACAUGACACAUGACUGAUGAGGUGAGGCUGAGGGAACUGGGAUUAUUUAGUCUGCAGAAGAGAAGAAUGAGGGGGGAUUUGAUAGCUGCUUUCAACUACCUGAAAGGGAGUUCCAAAGAGAAUCAUAGAAUAUCAGGGUUG